AUGGAUACGGAGAGUGAGUCCGAGAUCGGCGAGUUUUACAGCGGCCAGAGUGUGUUCAUUACGGGCGCCACCGGUUUUAUGGGCAAAGUUCUGGUCGAGAAGCUUCUCCGGUCGUGCGCCAACAUCAAUCACAUCUAUAUAUUGCUGCGGCCCAAGAAGGGCAUGGAUGUGCGCACCCGACUCCACGAGCUCCUACAGGUCCGUUGUUUCGAUAAUAUUCGAGAGUCUCAUCCCAAAGCCCUCAAUAAAGUGGUGGCCGUCGAGGGAGACAUCACUCGACCCGGUUUAGGCAUUUGCGACACAGACCUCACGCAUCUGAUCCGCGACGUCUCCAUUGUCUUCCACUCGGCCGCGACCGUCAAGUUUGAUGAACCGCUCAAGACUUCCAUCGACUUCAAUGUGUUGGGCACCCGAAGACUCAUCGAGUUGUGCCAUAACUGGCGAAUACGAUUGACAUUGGCGAUACUUCACCUGCUUUCCGACAUACCGUCGCCGGUAUCGCCGCAAAAGAUCAUCGAUUUGUGCGAAUGGAUGGACGAGAAGAUGCUGAAUGAGAUGACACCUAAACUGCUGGGCGAUCGGCCGAACACUUACACCUACACGAAAGCCAUGGCCGAGACCCUAUUAGUGGAGGAGUGCGGCAGUUUGCCGGUGGCUAUCGUGCGGCCAUCGAUCGUGACGUCGUCGUGGAAGGAGCCGAUGCCCGGAUGGGUGGACAACCUGAACGGACCCACGGGUCUCAUAGUGGCCGCCGGCAAAGGCAUACUCAGGUCUAUGCAACACAAGUCCAAAGCCAGCGCCGACAUCAUACCGGUCGACACGGUUAUCAACUUAAUGAUAGCCAUCGUGUGGUUUACGGCUACUCAACGCCCGAACGGUAUACUCGUCUACAACUGCACGUCCGGUUCCCUCAAUAACUUCAAAUGGGGACAACUGACAGAUAUGUUUAAGUAUAUACUUGAAUACCCGAGCGCCCAGAUCUACCGAUACCCGAGUCUGUAUCUCAAAGAAUCUCAAUUCUUCAAUCGCCUCCAAACCGUGUUCGACCACAUCAUACCCGCCCACCUCUUUGACACACUCAUGACAGUGUUGGGCCGCAAACGGGUUAUGGUCCGCAUCUACGAGCCUGACGUGGCCAGCCAGUUACACGAGCUCACCAAGUGUCGAGUUCCCAGCGCUAUAUUUCACUUCGACAUCCGCACAAUCCAUUGGCCGACCUAUUGGGGAGACUAUGUGUUGGGCACUCGGAAGUACAUCUUGAAGGAGGAUAACAAUACACUUCCAGAGGCCAGAAGUAAUCUGAGAAAAAUCUAUUACCUGAACAAACUGUUUGGUGUAUUGGUAUUACUCGGCAUUUGGCACACCAUCUCCUGGGGGACUAAAUUCUUCUGA